UUUUUCUUUUUUUUUCACUUUCUCAUUUUCUCUCUCUCCUUUUAUUAAUGGAUCAAUCCAUGACAAGUCAAAUACCUUCAGUGAAACUAGUGCUUUUAGGUGAAUCCUCGGUUGGUAAAUCCAGUAUUGUUGCUCGAUAUGCCACAGACACAUUUAUUGAAGGAAAAGAAGCAACGAUAGGAGCCGCCUUCUUGGCAAGAGUGUGUUCAACUGGCAGUAGAGACAUCAAAUUUGAGAUUUGGGAUACAGCAGGACAAGAAAGAUUCCAUUCACUUGCUCCCAUGUAUUAUAGAAAUGCCUUGGCGGCCAUGGUUGUAUAUGAUGUUACAAAAUAUACAACAUUUGAAAAAGCUCAAUAUUGGGUAAAUGAAUUACAGCGUCAGGGAAAUGCAAAGCUAUUAAUUGCAUUGGUUGGAAAUAAGACAGACGUACAAGAUAGACAAGUUACACUACAAGAAGCACAAGACUACGCUGCGGACAAUAAUUUACUAUAUAUCGAAACCAGUGCAAAAUUAGGCACGAAUGUGGGUCAGGUGUUUACUGAAAUAGCCAAGCACGUUGUUUUAGAACAGCCACGUCAUGCCAAAAUAAAGAUCGAACAAAAUCAUGCAAAAACCAGUAGUAAUGGUUGUGCUUGUACUUAAUUAUUAAAACCAAAAAAUUAGCUUAGCCUCUUAAAUUCUCCUUUGUACAAUUUUCAAAUAAAUAAAUAAAAACCAUGCUACUUUAUUUUGCGCAGUAA